AUGGCCGCUAUCUCUCUCCUAGUACCGUUACUGCUCCUUGUCUGCUUCGUCAAUGGAAGCUCUGCACAAUAUUGGCAACCCGCUCAUGCCACCUUCUAUGGAGGCGGUGAUGCUUCCGGCACAAUGGGAGGAGCAUGUGGGUACGGAAACCUGUACAGUCAAGGGUACGGCACGAACACGGCUGCUCUGAGCACGGCUCUGUUUAACAACGGCAUGAGCUGCGGUUCAUGCUACCAGAUCCGAUGCAACAACGAUCCCAAAUGGUGUCUUCCAGGAAGCAUAACGGUGACGGCGACCAAUUUCUGUCCACCAAACCCUUCAGAGUCAAACGACAACGGCGGGUGGUGCAACCCUCCCCUACAGCAUUUCGAUCUUGCACAACCUGCUUUCCUUAAGAUUGCUCAAUAUAAAGCCGGGAUUGUUCCGGUUUCAUUUCAGAGGGUGAGUUGUGUUAAGAAAGGAGGAAUAAGGUUCACUAUCAACGGUCACUCUUACUUCAACUUGGUUUUGAUCACCAACGUCGGCGGGGCAGGGGACGUUCAUUCGGUCUCGAUCAAGGGUUCUAACACUGGGUGGCUAACCAUGUCCAGGAAUUGGGGUCAGAAUUGGCAGAGCAAUUCAUACCUUAAUGGACAGGCCCUCUCCUUUCAGGUUACCACAAGUGACGGCAAAAUGCUCAACAGCUUCAACGUGGCCGCUUCUAAUUGGCAGUUCGGACAAACUUUUGAAGGCCAACAGUACUAAUUUGGUAAACUUUUA